AGGAGGGGCUUAUGAACACAGGGAUUGCGGCAGUGAGUGGAGGGAGAUUGAGUUUUCCUGUCAUAGUCAAGAGAAACUCUGCGUCUGACUAUAAUGCAUCGCGUGUAUAAAUUAUAUUGUCACAUGUAUAUUUGUAUAACUCUGUAGGGAAGAGUCACACACUCCCUGCCCUAAAGUACUGGCAUUCACUCUCUCUCUGCCCUCACACAGCGCCAUAUUUGUUUCUCUCCCUCUGAUCCACUUUGUACUGACAGAUCCUAUGUCCCCUGCACUGGACUCACAGCUUCCCCUUGUGUCCAUGGCAGGAGUGUCAUGUCAGCCUUGAGCACAGAGGGUUAAGAGGGGAAGGGCUGAGGAGGGAAGACUAAGUGACAAGGGCUGAGAAGGGAGGGGCUAAGGAGGGAGGACCCAGCGACUCCUCCUUCCUCUCCGUCCAGGUCCCCUAUGUGUGGACGCCCAGGUGGGAGGACCCAAGUCAGGGAAGCCGGUUUUGGGAGGUGGACGCAGCCAGGCUCACUGCUUCCUCAGAGGGAGGGGAUUCGGCUUCCUCACUAGCUGCUCUCUACCGGCUACUGCACGAUGCUCUGAAAGGCAGGGGCAACAACAGCUCGUCAUUACCUGCUGCCAAUAAAAAAUGGAUUUGGACACCCCUGAAUCAGACAGAGAGUGAUAGAUAAAUAACAGGAGAAGGAAGCAGCAGAAAGAAGAGACCCUGUGUUCCAGCCACAAGACCUGCCUCAAUUAACAUCGACUGCUUCAGAUUCCACUCUGAGCUUGGACGAGGGGCCUUUGCCAAGGUCAUGAUGGCUACUUGGACCAGCAGGAAACAACGCGUAGCCAUGAAGGUCUCAGAGAAGACACCAGAGACUGAGAUGGAAGUCCGCGUGCUAAAGGUUGCUAAGGGCAGCCCUUUCCUUUGUCACGCCUAUGGGGCCUUUCAAUCAAAGAACCAUGCCUAUAUCGUCCUGGAGUACAUCAGAGGGGGUACACUUAUGGCUGCGAUGAGGAAGGCAGGACGCCUGAAGGAAGACAACAUCGCGUUCUACGCAGCAGAGAUGAUUUGCGGCCUGCAGUUCCUUCAUUCCAACGGGAUCAUCCAUCUUGACCUGAAACCAGCUAACAUUCUGCUAGACGGAGAAAGCCACAUAAAAAUAGCUGACUUUGGUCUGGCAAUGGACAACAUGGUCGGGAACAACACCACCACAGGCCUGGUUGGAACCUUCAGAUAUAUGGCACCAGAGGUGAUCCAAGGAGAGGAGUACGGCGCAGCAGCAGAUUGGUGGUCUUUGGGUAUCGUCAUCUACCAAAUGGCCACCUCCACAUUCCCAUUUUGUACCACAAAUGGGAAACACCUGUCAGCACUCAAGGACGAGCCCUUUUAUCCCAGCUGGCUCAGUGAAGAACUGGUGGAUCUCCUGCAAGCACUAUUGAAGAAAGACCAGCAUCUUCGCCUUGGCACAACCGGAAACAUCAGGAAGCACCCUUUCUUCCAUCAUAUUGACUGGGUGAAACUGGAAAAUCGCCAAGUACAACCACCUUUCCAGCUAUCAGUGGGAUCAGUUGAGGACUUCUGUGACUCCGAUGGAGACUCUCCAUUUUUUUCAAGGAAUAAGAUCAGGAAUGGUGGUAACAGAGUCCUAGAGGAUUUCUCCUUCCUGGAUCCCAGCCUCCAGGAGUAAGUGCCAUGUGACAUCCAAGGCCUUCAACUACAGUCAUCAUCAUCUGCUGCAACUGUCUAAAGUCUUUUCUGCUGACUUCCAAGGAGGUGACCGAUCCAUUAUAUAGAUCAGGAUUUUAUUGGGUAUUGUGGGGACUUAAUUUAUUAUUACUUGAUUAAAUUCAGUAGGUAUUUAGAAGUAUGUAUAUAUAUAUAUAUAAUACAUUUUAUGAAUUGGGUAUUGGGGGGAUGUAAUUUAUUAUUAGUUGAUUUAAUUCAGUAGGUAUGUAGAAGUAUAUAUAUAAUACAUUUUAUGAAUUGGGUAUUGGGGGGGGACGUAAUUUAUUAUUACUUGAUUUAAUUCAGUAGGUAUGUAGAGUGUAUGUUAGAGUUAGGCCAGGAUGUUUUUCUCCCUUAACAGGUAAUUAAAAAGAAGAUAAGGUAAGAGACAGCAACGAAUGGUGAUAUUGUAUUUAACCACCCUAAUAUUAAUAACAAUCUUUUCCUGGGUUAAACCACAUCCCAAUUAUCCAUCACAAUCAUUUGCACGCAGACAUGCUUCCUAAAAACUUUGGACUUUCCAUACUAAUAGCAUUAAAAGUGUAUCCAUGAAACAAAAACACGUAGCGUGAGAUGAGUAUGGGCCAUGCACAUCAUGAAGACCAAAAUCAGAUGUCAUUGAUCUAUAAAUUCUGGUUCCAACAAGCGCUACUACUGACACUAAGGAUCUAAAUAAAAUAAUAUCUAUUUUAGAUUUAAAAAAUGGGUUUAUGGAAUGUAGUAAAAUGAUUGUUUUUUCCCUGGUGCACCAGUGACGUUGUGCUUUUGUGCACACUAGGCACACUUGCAGUUCAUAAAGCAAAGAUUAAUAGUUAAUAAGGUUAAUAGGCAUAAAUAAAAUGAAAAUUGUCCAUAUUAUUAUUCAUUUACAGAUAUUUCUAAACUUCAUGGAUACUAGUUCCCAUUCUGAGUUGCUAUGCCAGUGACUAUAUGGUUAAUUGACUAUGCAUAUGGCUUCAUCAAUAGACUCCCCUCUGCACAGUUCUCUCCGCACCUCCAUUAUAUUUUAAAGCUUUGCAACAGCAAGGUCAACUUCUAGGUCCCCCAGUGAUGACAUAUAGUGGUCAUGUCAGCAAUCUGAUAUAGAGCCUAAUCUGAUAUAGAACCCCUGACUCGAGGAAAGAGAGUCAAUAAACCAGGUUUAUGUCAUUUCCCCGAUAGAACCUUGAUAUUCAGCUACCCCAGCUUUAAAUCUAAAAGAAAGUAUAAAUAAAAAUAGAAAGAAAUGUAAAAAGAAUAAAUAUUAAUUGUACAAUCUGUCAGAAUUACCAGCAAUUCCAUUCAGACACCCCUGUUGUUAUGCACCUGCCAAAUUAGGACUCAAAUUCACCCAGCAAGGCCUCCCCACUAAACCAAGUCUUCCCCAGGAACUGCCUCAAAGCACACCACUCUGUCCCUACUUAGCAAACGUAUUCCACCGGCUGUUAAUUUUUAAAGAAAAUUCAUUAAUUCUGUAAAACAAGCAUUAUUAGACAGCAUUAUAUCAUUAUCAUUUAUUUACAUAGCGCCAACAAGUUAUGCAGUGCUUUACAUUAGAUAACUAACAGGAAACAAACAGUAA